CCGCCGCCGCCCCGGGCCCUGGGCGCCCGCCCCUCUCCGGCUCCAGCGCCUUGCUGCCAGCCAAACCUCUCGACCAUGCCCGGCGCCCCACCCGCUUCUGCAACCCCCCAAUCCCGUGCAGCUCCGAGCGCCCGCAGUCGUCGCGCCUCCGCCCCAGGGAUGCAGGUCCUUCGCCCGGCUCCAGCUGCCUAGAGCUCCUCUCCUCCGUGCCCUCCAUUCCUCCGUCGUCCCGACUCCAUCCUGCCCUGCUGGUGCAGCAGCCUACGUCUCCGCGGUUGCCUCCAUCCCGCCUUCAGCUCAUCCUGCAGCUGCGGGCAUCCUCCUGCCUCAGGUCCCCUUCCCGCUCUGGGAGCUCCCUCCCUUCGAGUCCCGCCGCCGACCCUUUCCUCGUCCUGCCCAUUCGCGCAGCUUUCCAGUCCUGUCCAGCGAGCGUGGGCCUAUGGGAUAGGCAGGAUUGGGGGCUCCGCUGGGGUUGGGGCCUGGUUCCACCACCCCGAGGCUCCCGCCCCACCCCCAGCUCGUCUCCUGCGCACAACAGUAAAGGCUGAAAAUCUGGGUCACAGCUGAGGAAGACCUCAGAUACAGAGUGCAGGAUGUGGCCUGCUCUACUGCUGUCCCAACUCCUCCCUCUCUGGCCAUUGCUGUUGCUCCCCAUCCCACCAUCUGCUCAGGGCUCCUCCUCCCCUCGGUCCCCACCAGCCCCAGCCCGUCCCCCAUGUGUCAGGGGUGGUCCCUCAGCCCCACGCCACGUGUGUGUGUGGGAGCGGGCACCUCCACCUAGCCGAUCCCCACGGGUCCCAAGAUCACGUCGGCAAGUUCUGCCAGGCACUGCACCCCCUGCCACCCCAUCAGGUUUUGAGGAAGGGCCACCCUCAUCUCAGUAUCCCUGGGCUAUUGUGUGGGGUCCCACAGUGUCUCGGGAGGAUGGAGGGGACCCCAACUCUGUCAAUCCUGGAUUUCUGCCCCUGGACUAUGGUUUUGCAGCCCCGCAUGGGCUGGCUACUCCGCAUCCCAACUCAGACUCCAUGCAUGAUGAUGGAGAUGGGCUCAUCCUUGGAGAAACACCUGCUACCCUGAGGCCCUUCCUGUUUGGGGGGCGUGGAGAAGGUGUGGACCCUCAGCUUUACGUUACAAUCACCAUUUCCAUCAUCAUUGUACUCGUGGCUACUGGCAUCAUCUUUAAGUUCUGCUGGGACCGCAGCCAGAAGCGGCGCAGGCCCUCAGGGCAGCAAGGCACCCUAAGGCAGGAGGAGAGCCAGCAGCCACUGACAGACCUGUCCCCUGCUGGAGUCACUGUGCUGGGGGCCUUCGGGGACUCGCCUACCCCCACCCCUGACCAUGAGGAGCCCCGAGGGGGACCCCGGCCUGGGAUGUCCCAGCCUAAGGGGGCUCCAGCCUUCCAGUUGAACCGGAUUCCCCUGGUGAAUCUGUGAUGCCCCCCAUGUUGGGGUGCUGUCAAGCAGGAGGCCAAGGGGCCAGCAUAGCCACCAUCCACUGAGGAUGGGGCAACUGUGGGGAACUGGGGCUAUGGGGGGGGCUCCCAGCUCCAGCCCUUGCACACCACCCUGAACACUCACUAGCCCCAUGGGCAAGACCACCUGCUUGCCCUCCUGUGGUUGGGGGCUUCCUACACUUGUGACUCCGGGUUCCCCCAUCCCCAUCUUUGCACACUCACAUGAAAGCCUUGCACAUUCACCUCCCGUCACAGGCCGUAGCACACUCAGUGCCCUUUGUGCUGCUCUUCUGCACCCUGUCCCCAUCCAUGUCUGUCUGCU